CACGCAACCGCUUAAACAAAAGUUUGGGUCUCUCACGAAUAUUCUUUCAGCAAAACCAAACCUUCAAAUCGAUUUCCCAGCUGUCAUCACGACCUUUGUUUUGUUUUGUUUCUUCUGUCGAAAUCUUCCGCCACCUCUUCUCGUGACUCCUUGAAGCUUUUUUUGUUCUCGAUGGAAGAUACAGAAAGAAGUACUCCGGCGGUUAAUACAACCUCCCCGGAUUUGUUGAAGAACACGCCUUCCAACAUCGCCAGGUUAGAAGAUGUGAUUGAGCAAUGCCAUGGCAGACAAAAGUAUCUCGCUCAGACCAGAAGCCCUUCAGAUGGCAGUGAUGUUCGCUGGUACUUCUGCAAGGUUCCUUUAGCUGAGAACGAGUUAGCUGCUUCAGUACCUCGCACUGACGUAGUAGGAAAGAGUGAGUAUUUCCGUUUUGGUAUGAGGGAUUCUCUUGCCAUUGAGGCUUCUUUCCUCCAGAGAGAGGAUGAGCUGCUGUCAUUCUGGUGGAAAGAGUAUGCAGAAUGCAGCGUAGGCCCUAUACCACAAGCUAAUUCUAAAAAGAAAUCCAACAAGCAGUCAAUGGAAACUCUUCCAGAAGCUUCUGUAUCAUCCAGUCUAUAUGAUGUUGAAGAGGAGAGAGUUGGUGUACCUGUUAAGGGUGGGCUCUAUGAGGUGGACUUGGUGAGGAGGCAUUGUUUUCCCGUGUACUGGAACGGGGAUAAUAGGCGUGUGCUUAGAGGCCACUGGUUUGCUCGUAAAGGUGGCCUAGACUGGCUUCCAAUUCCUGAAACGGUUGCUGAACAAUUGGAGGUUGCGUAUCGUAACAAGGUCUGGCGCAGAAGAAGGUUCCAACCCUCUGGUCUUUUUGCAGCUCGAGUUGAUUUGCAGGGUUCCAGUUUGGGACUUCAUGCUCUAUUUACCGGGGAGGAUGAUACUUGGGAAGCUUGGCUUAAUGUUGAUCCCUCUGGAUUCUCUGGCAUUGUUGGCUAUACUGGGAAUGGAAUUAAGCUGAGACGUGGUUAUGCUGGCUCCUACUCUCCUAAACCUACACAGGAAGAACUACGCCAACAGAAAGAGGAAGAAAUGGACGACUAUUGUUCUCAAGUCCCUGUUCGACAUCUUGUGUUUAUGGUUCAUGGUAUCGGCCAAAAAGUUGAGAAGUCUAAUCUUGUUGACGACGUUGGAAACUUCCGUCAAAUCACAGCAGCUUUAGGUGAACGUCAUCUAACCUCUCACCAGCGUGGAACUCAGAGAGUCCUUUUCAUCCCAUGCCAGUGGAGAAAAGGUCUAAAGCUAAGUGGUGAAGCUGCUGUUGAUAAAUGUACACUAGAAGGUGUACGGCGUCUGCGGGAGAUGCUGAGCGCAACUGUUCAUGAUGUGUUAUACUACAUGAGCCCCAUUUAUUGUCAGGCUAUAAUUGAUUCGGUUUCAAACCAGCUGAAUAGACUGUAUCUCAAAUUUAUAAAGCGGAACCCGGACUAUGAUGGAAAGAUAUCCAUCUAUGGACAUUCUCUGGGGAGCGUUCUCUCCUACGACAUCUUAUGUCAUCAGCACAAUUUGUCGUCCCCGUUUCCGAUGGAUGCAGUAUACAAGAGGUUUUUUCCAGAUGAAGAAUCUCCUCCAAUUCCAGAAAGCGCUAACAAACCUUGUAGCUCGCAUCAACCAUCGAAUCUUGAGCCAGAGAAAUCUAACCUUUUGAAUAACACGGAGGAAACCACAGGUCAAGAUAAUGACGCGAUGGAUAAAGAAUCAAAGGUAUUGGAGCAUCACCACAUCAUUCAGGAAGCUCAUUCAGCUGUCUCUGAUUCUGCUGUGGAUAACGUGGGCUUGGAGAGAAGAGGCAGCGAGGAAGAUGGAGCUGUUUCCUCACAGGAUGGACCAGAUGGAGCUGACUGUAGAUCACCUGGUUCUUCCUCCUCUUCUCCAGAACAGUCUUGGGAGAUAAAAUGUGGCGAUUCUAAUAACGAGGACACAAUCAAGUUAUUACAAGAAGAGGUUAAAUUAUUGCGGUCAAAAGUAGCGCAACUGCAAUCAGAAAAUGCCAGAGUAUUGGCGGAUGAAAAAGCCAAGGCAUCUGUGCUGCCUGAGCUAGACAUCAAUGAGAAGGCCCUAACUAAAGAUGCCAGUGGACCUACGAGCUUUACUCCUUAUAUCAAGUACCAAAAGCUUGAGUUCAAGGUUGACACUUUCUUUGCAGUUGGGUCUCCUCUUGGAGUGUUUCUCGCCCUUCGAAAUAUACGUAUUGGGAUAGGUAAGGGAAAGGAUUACUGGGAAGAGGAGAAUGUUAUUGAAGAGAUGCCAGCUUGUCGUCGAAUGUUCAACAUUUUUCACCCCUAUGAUCCUGUUGCGUAUAGGGUGGAGCCACUUGUGUGCAAAGAGUACCUUCCCAGACGACCCGUUAUAGUUCCCUAUCACAGAGGUGGCAAGCGGUUGCAUAUUGGAUUACAGGAUUUCAAAGAGGAUUUUGCAGCGCGUUCACAUAGAGUAAUGAAUCAUUUUGAUUCUGUACGGACGAGAGUUCUCACUAUUUGCCAAUCCAAAAGCUCGGAUAGACUAGAAGAGUCGGAAGAAACCGAUGACGAAAAGGAUGGAAGGUCCUAUGGUUCCUUAAUGAUGGAAAGGUUGACCGGAACUCGAGAUGGUCGAAUAGAUCACAUGCUACAGGAUAAAACUUUUGAGCAUCCGUAUCUACAAGCCAUAGGAGCUCAUACAAACUAUUGGAGAGAUAACGAUACUGCUCUGUUCAUAAUUAAACACUUGUACCGCGAGUUACCAGACGAGCCAAACUCGCCCACCGAGUCCACCGAUGUAGACAAUACUCCAAAGGACUCGAGUAGACAUCACAGCUGGAUAGACAGAAGUGAGGCUGAUGAAGAGCUUCCUCUAACAUUCUCCAACAAAGAAAUCGCCAGAAGCUUCUCUGAAGAGGCCAAGAAAUAUCUGAAGAAACCUUGAAAACACGAUGACCAUAGACUGAUUUUGUUUUUGUUUUGAUUUACGUUGCAGUUGUAACAUAUAGUGUGUAGAUAAUGCGUAAAAAAAUAAAAACUCAGGCUCCAUGGUGGUUUUGCCUUAUUGUAACCAUAAGCUUACGACAUAAUAAAGAAAACGUUG